GCCGCCGCGCUCCGCCAUGCCGAGACACGAGUUCUUUGUGGACAUGACCUGCGAAGGCUGCUCCAAUGCAGUCACCCGUGUCCUGCACAGGCUGGGAGGUGUCCAGUUUGAUAUUGACCUGCCCAACAAGAAGGUGUGUAUCGAUUCUGAGCACAACGUUGACACCCUGUUGGAAACCCUAAAGAAGACUGGAAAGAAUGCUUCCUACCUUGGGGAGAAGUCUGCACAGUAGACUUGCCUGGUGUGAGGAGGCUAGGAACUCAAACACGACUUCAGAAAAAAAAAGAUGGCUUAACUGUUUACAUAUCUUCUAACUUGCUCUGUCGCUUGACCUGUACUGCCCUGCCAGAUGUCGGAAAGCAGAGGGCUGGCAGGAGGCAGCCGCGUCUCGGGCAUCAGAAGUAGAGGAGUCUAGAGAAGGAGGUUAUGUGCUGUUUCUAGUUGCACA